CUCAGGGGUCGACGGUCGUCCAUAUUGUUUUUGUUGUGAAAAAAAAUCUUCAAGAUUUGCAGGAUUAUCAUUAAAAUUGAUGUAUUUACUUAAAGAGUGCGUUUCGUUAAUUCUAGCGCAGCGUCCUAUGUUUCCUUAGGUGAUCAUUUCACCGAAAAAUGAACAAUGUUCACGUCAAACGCCGUCUGAGGGAAUUGUCUUGUUCUAUCCAACAUGAAUAUCAAAUUCUAAAUUGAAGAUUCACCUUAUUUUAAAUCAGAUAUUCAAACAAAAUGGAAAGAAGAAAUUGGCUGUGGUGGAUAUGCAGUACGCUAAUUCUAGCAACUAUAUGUAAUUGUGCUAGUCGGCGUGUUGAGACUACCAUUAUAAAAUGCGAUUAUUACAACCAAACAUUGUGCGAUUCUUCACACGGUGCAAAUGGUUGUGGAAAUGUCACACAAGAAUGUAGUCCUGGUGAUAAUGACAAAUCAUCAUCUUGUUUUGCCGUUUGGACAAAUAAUACUAAAACAAAUGAAAUAACUAUUAAACUCAAGGGAUGUUUCUUAAACAACGUGGAAUGUCUUGGUCAAAAACAGUGCAAAGCUAAAAAAGAAGAAAUCAAAACCAAUGGAUUUAUGUUUUGUUGUUGUGAAGGCGAUUUCUGCAAUCGAGAACUUUUUUGGGAACCUAUACCUAUUGUCCCCAAAAUUGAGCCAUCUGCACAACCAAUCCACGAUGAUGAUGAAUUAAUGUACACAUUGGUGUAUUCUAUUAUACCAUUAGCGGCAGUAGCCAGUAUGUUUCUAUUUAUCUACUGGGUGUACAAACGAAGGAAAAUUCCUCAAUUCUCUCAUGUUCCUUCGUCUGAUAGCUCUCAUUUGGGUAAUUGUUCUCCUGUACUUGGCAGCCGCCCCAUUCAACUAGUCGAAGUCAAAGCCCGUGGUCGUUAUGGUGCCGUUUGGAAAGCUCUCCAUAAAAAAGAUACAGUUGCCGUGAAAAUAUUUCCUCCCCAAGACAAAAAUUCAUGGUUGGUGGAACAAGAUAUCUACCAAUUGCCACAUAUGCAACACGACAACAUGUUAUCAUUUAUCGGAGCUGAGAAACACGCCAGUGCUAUUGAAGGAGCGAAAAACGAAUAUUGGUUAAUUACAGCUUAUCAUGAUUAUGGAUCACUUUGUGAUUAUUUAAAAUCUAAUGUACUGACCUGGGAUCAGCUUUGCCACAUCGCCCAAUCUAUGGCUAGGGGCUUGAUGCAUUUACACGAAGAGAUUCCUUCAGAACGUUCAGACCAGUAUAAACCAGCCAUUGCUCACAGAGAUUUUAAGAGCAACAAUGUCCUACUUAAACACGAUUUAACAGCUUGUAUUGCUGAUUUUGGUCUGGCUUUAGUGUUCCAGCCUGGCAAGUCCUGUGGAGAUACCCAUGGCCAGGUCGGUACACGAAGAUACAUGGCGCCUGAAGUAUUAGAAGGAGCAAUCAAUUUCUCAAGAGAUGCAUUUUUAAGGAUAGAUAUGUAUGCAUGUGGAUUAGUGCUGUGGGAAUUAGCUACAAGAUGUACUGCACAACAAGGUGCAAUUCCCGAUUAUCGUCUACCAUUUGAAGAAGAAGUUGGACAACAUCCUUCCUUAGAAGACAUGCAAGAAUGUGUGGUCCAUAAGAAACUAAGACCUGCAUUUAAGGACAGUUGGAAAUCGCAUCCAGGCUUAAUAGCUUUGUGUGAUACUAUGGAAGAGUGUUGGGAUCAUGAUGCAGAAGCCAGGCUGUCAGCAUCGUGUGUGAUGGAGCGUAUCACAUGGCAGUGUCGUCAAUAUAACGGUUCGACAAUAGCGCCAUUAGGACCAUCAGUUCCGCCCCCAAACAUAAUAAGUUUACCUGCAGCCAGAGUUGUGGUACAAAAGAACAACCCAAACUGGGACUGAAACCCAAUGAGCUGAGAACAAUUAUUAAAUGAAUACUCAAUUAGUAGGUAUGCAGCAGAAUGAUGUAUUAUAGUUGUAAUAACCAAACUGACUUAAAACCUUCUUAAAAAGUUUAAAGAUCACGAUUGUUAUACCAAAAAUUGGUAUAUUUAAUAAGGUUAUUGAUAUUCGCAGUUCUUUUUAUUCCUGCAAUAAUUUUUUUUUUUAUUAAUAUAGGGUUAAUAAAAACUAUGUGUUUAAUUUACUAUUUAAUUUUAACUUUUUUUAUACUAAAUUAUUAUUUUUAAGUAAAGUCGUACAUUAUUUUCAAGUGAAAUCCAUUUUAACUGUUUGAAAUUUCCUUGAAAAAAUUUGAAUGAUUUAUUUCGAUUUAUAUGAAAAUGUGUUACAAAUAUAGUUUAAAUAUAUUGAAUGGAUGAUAUAGAUGUGUUUACUUAUAUUAUUAAUUCAAUAAAAAAGGGUUACUUAUAAUUUUACCUUCCUGGAUAAAUUUCUUUUUUUAGCUGAAAAUUUUAAAUAUAAUCCGUUUUGAUCUUUAUUUUUGCUGUACUUUAAUUAUUCCUGACCCGGGACUAAAAAAAAAUUGUUUGAAUUUUACUUUCAUUGUUCUUACUACCACGCUUAGUUUCGAUAUUCUUAUUUCUACCUCAAACCUUCCAUCCUGUUAAAAGAUAAUAAUAAUAACAAUUUUGAAACUUGUGCCAAUAUCCUUAAGUGGCUUAUAAUAAUUACUAUGAAUAUAAGUUUUUUAAUAUGCAUUAAACAUUAUUUAGUUAUGAUAAUAAUUGAUACAUUUGUAAGUCCUUUGGAUAUUUUUAGUAAUAUUAUAAUUAUAUUUUAUUUUUUAAAAUACAUUUUCUUUUUGAAUUGUCUCCAUUAGACUCGUUUUAUUAUUGUUGCCAUGUUUGUUUAUUCUAGAUUUAAACUGUAAUUUACAUAGUAUUUUUUAAGAAAUAAAUAUAAAUUAUAUAUUCACAAUUAAAUUAUAUAUAUGUAAUUUAUAAUGAAAUUAAAAAAUAUUUAUAUUAAUUAUACAGAGCGUCUCAUGCUGUUGUGAUAAAUUUACAUAUAAUAUAUAUUAUGUAAUAUUGUCAAAACAGCUAGCAGACACGUUGCUUAGUGACACAAUUGAAUGACAAUUUUUUUGUUUUAUAUUUAAUAGGUAUAUAUGUUACGAUUAUUAUAAAAUGUAUUUUUCUUGUAGUAAUAAUUACCUUUCUAAAGCAGUAUUUAUUCAUAAAGAAAGAAUUGUGUCGUUAAAUAAUUUCAAAGGCUUAAUUCUAUACAAAAAAAACAUAUAUAUGUAUAAUAUUUAAAAUGUAUAACCUAUAAGUACUAAAUUUUAUAAAAUAGUUCCUUAAUUUUUUUAAUAUGUAUGUUCACUUUCUCCCUCUUAUAUUUUAUUGUUCCUUAUGAAAUGUCUUACGAAGUUAGUACAAUUACAAGCAAACGCUAAGACUGCUGCUUCAUAAACAAUAGUUGUUUACAUGAAAAAAAAAAUACUAAAUAAACUGCACAAGAAUUUUACUUAUUACGUAAAUGUUGUAAAUAGAAUAAUUUUAUGAUGGUUACUUGUAAAAUAUUAACAUAUAUUUUGUCGUUGUUGUUAAGGAUUAUAAAUUUUUUUAAUUUUUAAAACAAUGCAGACUUUAUUUUAUUAAAAUUAUAUAUAUAUAUAUACAUGUGUGUGUGUGUGUUUAAACAAACUUGUAUAUUUUUAUGUAGUAUCAAUAUAUUGUAUACAUAUACAGUGUGAUAUUUUUUAAGAUUAACCAUGCGGUAAAUCCUUGUGUAAUAACAAUGUUUUUGUAAGUCAUAGGAAAGUUUAAAUUAUCCUUUUUUUUUAUUAUUAUUAUAACUAUAAACGUUCAAUAAACUUCAAAAUUUGUAUUACACCAUGUUUAUACAUUAUGACUACUUAAUAAACAUAAAAGUUAUAGUUAACGAAAAAUUACUCGCAUGAUAACUUAAUUUAACACGGUUUUAAUAUAAAAUUGAGGAUUUUUUUUACCCCUAAGGUGAGAGUUUUGAGUUUAAGCUUAAGUAUAGUAUGUACCAAGAAACAAACGUUUUAAAAAGUUGGUUAUUCUGUAUGUACAUGUCCAUAAUAUUACGGCUUUUAAGCUUUCCUUUAUUUUUUUUUAUGGUACAGGGUGUGAAUAUUUUGAAUGUUAAAACGUUUUUGUCAAAAAUUUAUAAAUUUGAAUUAUUAUAUUUAUAUGUAAGUACUAUGGAAUGAAACGAAUAUAUAUAUAUUUUUUUUUAAAACAUUAAAAAAUGAAAACGCCCAACAUUUAUGAAUGAACUAAUAAAAAAAAAUUGUACCGAUAAUCGGUUUUUGGAGACUUUGAAGAAGCGAUAUACAAAUCAUUUUUUGGCGACGAAAUAUACAUCGCUAUUUACCUAUGUUGUAUAUUAUUUAAUAAAUUGGUAUAAGUGUGUCAAGGUCAUUAAAAAACGAUUAUUGUAUAAUUUACAGCCAAAUUAAAUAACAUUAUGCACUAUCGUUGAAUACAGUAAUAUGUGUCCCAACUCUCAUCGUUUUUAGUUGUUAAGUUGGAUUAAGUUUAAUGGAGUAUUUACGUACAUAUUAAUACAUGUUGUAUACAUAAAAUUGUAAAUAAUAAGUAUUAUAAGUAGAUAUCAA